AUGGAGAAGGUGGAGAAGAUAGAUAUUCGGGUGAAAGAAUACUUGGAAUUAGCUGGAUACGAAAAGUGGGCUAGGUUGUAUGUACCUGUUAACCGGGGAUGGACCAUGACGUCAAAUAUUGCUGAAUCAAUCAAUGCCGCACUUGUUGUACCAUCAACUGAAUAUUUGCAUAUGGUGAACGAUGAAGGAAGACAUUACACCGUUUGCCUCCUAGAGAAAAAGUGCAGUUGUAGGCGGUUUCAAGUUGGCGAAUUACCAUGCCCACACGCUUGGGCUGUCUUGAAGAGCAAGUUUCUAAUGUCAGAAGAUUAUUGCUUGGACUAUUACAAACCAAAGUCUGUUGUAAUGACAUACGAGGUGCCUGUGUAUCCGCUGCCUGACCGAAAUGAAUGGAAUAUACCGGCACAUAUAUCAGAGAAAGUUGUCUUACUACCCAAAUGGAAAAGACCUCCUGGAAGGCCAAAGAAGAAGCGCGAUAAGCCGUUCAGUAAAUUUUUGCAGAAGAAAAAUCAACAUUCGUGUAGCAUAUGCGGGUAG